CCCAUUAAACCUAAACGUUGUGUGCUGCUGUGAAACUUUCAUUUCUACUGGUACUGCUUGUUAUUGUAUUUCGCUCGCUUAUUUCAAGAAGGCAUAAUGAACAAGGAAAAGGCAGAAGAGUCGAGGGAGCGCGGCAAUGCCUGUAUGAAGAAAGGUAGUCCCACUGAAGCGUUCUUCUACUAUACUGAAGCUAUCAAAUGGAAUCCUACAGACCCUCGUCUGUACAGCAAUCGUUCCCUCUCAUUCCUACAGAUCGACCAGCACUACCACGCACUAGAGGAUGCCAAGAAGGCCAUCAAACUCAAUCCAAAUUGGCCAAAGGGUCAUUUUAGAAAGGGAGAGGUAGAGAUGAGUACUGGGCAUUACCAGGAGGCAGUCUGCUCAUACCAAGUAGCAGUAAGUUUAGAUGACAAGGAUCCUAAGUUGAAAGAAGCUCUUGAGAAAGCCAAAGAGGAAUUCAGAAAGUUGAAGUCGGCGGAGUUUAGAAUUCCUGUGAUUGGUACAGCGAUUGGUUUUAUGGUUGGAGUCUUGAUUGUCCUUGCUGAUCAUUAUCUCACUGCAAAACCUUCACUUGAGCCUCUUGCAUUGAAGCUGAUCUUCCUGGUGAUAUUUGCACUCAUGGGAUUUGGAGCUUCAUGGACAUAUUUCUUCAUACAAAACACAUACAGAGAAGCCCUGCUACAGCCCCCUACAGAUUUUUCAGAUAAGAAAGAUGACAAGAAAGCGACAGAUGACAAGAAAGCUAAAGAUGCCAAGUCUACUGAGGGGAGCAGUAAAACUCCUCAGAGAAAAGAAAAUGAUGGGAAAACAUCGACAGAGACCAGACAGAGAAGAAAAAAGGAAAAAACAUAAAAAAAAUGUUAUGUAGGCCUAAGCUUUGUGUAAUUUUUCUCUAAAACAUUUGAAGUAAAUUUGGACUGUAAUUGAUCUCAGUUACUUAAUUUGAAUGCUAUUCAAAAUAGCACAGUAUCUUGACCUAAAUUUAAUAUUAAAUCAGCUCUGGACACCACUCUGCCAGCACUUACGAGCCAUGGACUUCAAGUUAUGGAGGGAGAUUAAACUAGAGUCAAUACAAAAUGACUGACAUCUACACAGUGGAUGGUAUUCUUCUGUCACAAGAUUGAAUUCUUUAUUCAGAUUAAAUUAUAUUACAUUACUCUCUUUCCUUUUCUCUCUUUAAAUAAGAACACUGUAUAUGUACAGUAUUACCAAGUAUAAGGUGAUAUGCUUUGUUAGGAUCGGAUACAAAAUAUUGUAAAAACUUCCAUCUAAAGACUUCCUCAUUUAAAACUUGUCUUAACAACUAUUGUCUGAAAUACUAAUGACAAAUGUGAGAAAAAUCUUCUGGAAACGUCAAUUAUUAGUUUUAUCCCUGAGGUUUUGAUCCAGAGCGCCAUUUGAGUUUUGUGAACAUAAAUGCUUAGCUGCACACAGUGGAACUGGUAAUAUGACCGCAAAACUGACAUCCACUAUUAUGGUGGCUAAAAUGGUCAUCCCAUUCAAUUUUAGAAUGUCCUACUAAUUUUUUACAUAAACAAAAAGAGACUUUAUCCCCAGUACUUUAUUAUACUGAAAAAUACGCUUUAAUUACUUCUGUGAUGACAAAACAAUAGUUAUCGUCUACUAUUUCG